GUCAAUUUGAAAGAAAUUCAAUUUUUAAAGAUAGUUUCCAUAAUCGAACUUGAAAAAAAAUAAUUGAGUUUCAGCAAUUGUUCCUUAUUCUAGAAAAGCAUUUUACUAAACUAACGAAGCAAAUUGUAACCCUUUUGUGAGAUUACCGAAGUCAGAUAUUUUUUGCGCAGCAAAAAAAAACGAAUUGGAGCAGCUGAUUAGCUUUCAUCGAAAAACCCCGCGCUUCUUUGUUUCCGCGUUUACCUGUUUGUUAAGAAGUAGUUAAAUGCUAAAACUUCAAAUAAUUUAAUAGCCGCCCUUCGUUCAUUAGAAUCAAUAGUUUGUUUGCAAUUUCAUUCAAUCAAGUAGAAACUGUCUUUUAUGGGCAUUUUGACACAUUUUACCGCCUUUAAACUCCCCUAUUAGAAGAGGUACUGCAGUUAGCUGAAGAAAUUGAAAAAACUUCAGCUGAUCAAGAGAUCGCUCGUCAAAUUUAUUAACCUUUAUUUAAUGUUGCUUGUCGAGCACUGCUUCUGAAGAUCAGACUUUUUAUGGCUCUAGUCAAAGUUACAUCGAAGAUUUGUGUUGUCUUGGCGUUUUUGGCGAUUGCGGUCUAUCGGGCAACAGGUGAAAAAGCACCUCUUUACUCCUCAUUUAAAAGUGCCAGGGACCCUUGGAUUGCAUUGUCCGAAACUGGAAAAACCAAACACGGCUGGGUCCACCAAGAGAAGCUGAAACAGUACCAUGUGUGUGACUCUGACGUAAAAGGCGCCGACAACCGCCUUGUGAGUCCAUUCAUACCCAUAAACAAUGCCAAGUGGCUCGAAAUAGACAUCAAAUUCAGAAUAACCCCGUGCGACGAUCUCCCUUCCGGUAAAUGCCAGAGCGAGAGCCUUCAAAUGGGAUAUGUUGGAGCCAACUCUCAAAUAGUGCGCCCGCGGGUACCCAAAUUCGAUUAUGAACCAAUCGAAAGUAGCAUGCUUUUUCCUGAUUCGAGUUCCGAAGGCAACUUCCAGCAAGCCCAAUUGCUGAUCGACAAGCUGGACGACCAGCACCCAAAAGAAGGCAUUUUUCUCGUCAUACACGACACUGGCUCUUGUUCGACUGUUUACGACGUAGUCGUGACUUAUUACUUUUGUCCCGAUACGACGAUAUCCCUUGCAGACUACAAACGCAUUGCAGCUCCUGUGUCUAUUUAUCAGGUUGCAGAUGGCGAGUGCGUAGCUAAUGCAGAGUCGUCUUCUCCUCCGAAGGCAAAGUGUAGUUCUGGCGAUGGAUCGUGGACGUCAUUGCGAGAUACCUGUCGUUGCUCGGCGGGGUACGAACUAGUGGAUGGGCAAUGCAGAGCAUGUCCGGCUGAUUUCUACAAGAAUGAAGUGAGUAACGACCAGUGUCGCAAAUGUCCCCCCGGCAGUACUACCAAAUACCUCACUUCCAGAAGCAGGGGCGUCUUCUAUGGGGGCUCUGUCUCGGAGGGGGCGCAGCAGUGCGAGUGUGAGGGGGGCAAACACCGAGUCAGCAGUCUCAAUCCAGACUCGCCAUGCAUAGGAAUACCUUCUCCGCCCAGAAAUGUGAAGCCAGUUUUGCAUGGCUUAACAGCCAAACUGAAUUGGGAAGUUCCGGCCAAAGACGGAGGAGCUGGCCAGUACCCCAGGAAUGUCUGGUACACCAUCAAGUGCACAUCGUGUAUGCCGAAAGACCCUCUCACUUACAAUCCCCACCAGCUCAACAUACCCGGCACUGCAGUAACUAUUGGGGGUUUGAGGCCAGACACUGCGUACACGUUCAAAGUGUUCUCCGAGAAUGAUGUCACAGGAAAAAUGAGUCAAGACAGGAAGAGUUCAACCGAGGUCACUUUCAAAACUGAACCGGCCGCCUUCGUGCAGAACCUUAAAGUGGAGCAGAGUUCUAGUACCUGGGGAGGAGGGGGUCACUCGAUUAGAGUAGUGUGGAACCCCCCUGCAGUACACUUGAAUACUCCCCCUAAGUACUGUGUGAGAGUAUUCGCUGACAACAACAACGUCCGCUUCGACAAAGUCAACUCGACCAAAUACACUCCAAUUGGUUUACAACCAGGAAACUACGCGUUCGAUGUCAGUGUUUAUGGCUGCGAAGGUCCCUUCAGCCAAAAAGUCACAGCUCUAGUCUCAGAAGACAGAAUGCUGGCACAGGAGCGUGCGCAGAGAAUAACUAUGGCCAUAGUGCUGGUAGUGUUAGUAGUGGUUCUACUAGCUGUGGUCGUGAGUGCGGCCAUGUGUUUCUACAGAAGAAAGCGACAUCUGCAUGGGUAUCAGUGGACGGAUGCCAGUUACUUGGUCGAGUACCCCUGUCACUCUGUCGUGCCACCGGGUGGUGCAGGACUCCACGGGGACCACGCAGAUCUGGUGAAGUUGCAAGCGGCUGCUCUGAUGCAGCAAAUGGGCUUCGUGGAGCCGAGACAACUACCGGUCGAACAGUUGAACGAGUGUGUCGGCAGAGACAUCCCCCAAGAGUGCAUCAGUUGGCAAGAGUCCGAAGUUGAGACGAAUUCGCAGUGGUCAGCGUGUGUAAAUGGCGUGUUGGAGACGGCGGACGGCAAGAGGGGCGUGGCCCUGAAGUUCCUCACAGAAGCCGCUCAUCAGAGGGAUUUUUUGAUUGAGGCGGCCACCAUGAGUCAGCUAACUCAUCCCAAUGUACUCAUGCUUUAUGGAGUAUCCAUAAGUGAUUUGCAGCAGCCAAUUUUGGUCACUGAAAUAGCCGAAAUGGGACCUCUUAACUUCGUUUUGCAAUCCCACCCCGCCAAAUUUUCUACGACUCAAAUCGUGCACAUGUUGCGAGGCGUCGCGUGCGGCCUACAGUACCUCUCGGAACUCGGCUACGUGCACAAGGUCAUUGCGGGCUCAAACGUCCUCGUGACCAAAUCACAGGUGUGCAAGAUUGCUGGAUUCGAAACAAGAGUUAAAAUGGAGGAGCAAAUGCAAAUUAGCAACGGGGAAAGUGAAAUUUUGGAGUCGCUAGCUCCGUGGUGUGCGAUUGAAGUGCUCCGCGCGAGACACUUUUCAUCGGCUGGCGAUGUGUGGAGUUUCGCCAGUUUGAUGCUAGAAUGUUUCUCUGGAGGUCAACAUCCAAUGAGCGGAGCAAGUUCUUCAGAGGUCAUCAAGAUGAUAGAGCAAGGUCAGCGUCUCUCUUCUCCCAAUGACCUUUGCACUCCCGCAAUACACGAGUUGAUGAGUGCGUGUUGGGCUAAAGAACCGAAACAGCGACCCCCUUUCAGUGCCAUCAGACAACACCUGGAAGAGCUGAUGACCAGUUCCAGACACCUCGCUUCAACCACUGUGCUGGGUGGGGGAGGGGGAGGUCCCUUAGGGGGAGUUGGCGUCAAUGCAUUUAUGAAUGGGGGCAGUGCAACUUUAUUUCAUCCUGCGCAGAAUAAUAACUAUUUCUCAUUUGGCAGAUCCCAAAACGACCUCCUCGGAACAUACUGUAGGUUCCAACCUGGAAAACCCGGACAUCAAGCUAGUCCUUCAAACCCGACAGUCCAAGAGAUGCUGGCAGAACUGAAACUAGAAGAAAAAUAUCUGACACUUUUUGAAAACAACAACUUCCGAUAUGUGGACGAACUCACGAAGGACAUUUCGAAAGAAUUUCUCAAAAUUCUCGGAAUUUCUUCGAAAAAAGACCGACAUAAAAUUUUGAACCAUAUUCAAAACCACAAACGAUCUUCAUCAGCUUUUAACUCAAUGUCGAUCCCAAAUUCGCCUUUAAACUACAACAACGGAACGACCACUCCCAUGAACUUGUACUCCUUUUGAGUUAAAAAAAAUUAAAAACUUUGAAAAUAAAACUUAAAAAAUAUCUUUAUUUGCCGUUUAUUUUCGAUUGGGGCUGUUUUAUGUAAUACCCGGACGAUUUAUAUUACGCAAUUAAAACUUAGCUCGUUUUUACUAUCUAUACUUCAAGGUUUUUUGCUUCUAUAUAUCUGCUCAUUAUCUUCAAUUAUAUUUUUCCACUUCAAU